ACAUUUGCAGCCCAAACGGUGCAGGGAGACCUGGGGGAGGACGUCCUGAGGGCUGUGGGGAAGGUGCUGUGUGGAGGGGGUCUCCCCUCCUGGUGCUGGGAUUGAUCCUGCUCAAAACCGAGCAGCCAGACCUGGCCUCUGCUCCUUGCUGAUUCUACCUCUAACCAGUGCUUGACUGCUUCUCUCCCCACAUUCAUUCCCGAGGGAGAAAUAGCCUCUGCUGGAAAUGUCGGUGAAACGCACGAUGCAGUGACCCGCCCCUGGGGAAGAGGCCAGGAUGCAGCCCGUUGCCACAGUGACUUCUCUCCAGCUCCCUGCUGCGGUUACAAAACACCUGGACGCAGGAGUAGGGGUAGACAUCAUUUACUUGGACUUCAGGAAGGCCUUCAACACGGUAUCCCACACCAUACUGCAAUACGGGCACCGAGGCAGAGCAGUCUGGGCCAGAUGAGAAUGGUCCUGGCCAGCACAGGAGGUGUCGGCAAACAUGGAGCCAAACAGGCCUUCCACAUCCAGACGUCCCGCGCACUCAUGGUGGUAGCUAUCCUCCUGGGCUUCUUGGGCAUCAUCGUCAGCGUGGCGGGAAUGAAGUGCACAAAAGUCGGGGAUGAAAACCCUGUUGCUAAAAGUCGGAUUGCCAUCGCAGGGGGCAUCCUCUUCAUCCUCUCAGGUCUGUGCACGUUAACAGCUGUUUCGUGGUAUGCAACACAAGUGACCCGUGAAUUCUUCCACCCGAGCACCCCAGUUAAUGCCAGGUAUGAAUUUGGCUCCGCUUUGUUUGUUGGCUGGGCAGCUGCCAGCGUGACCAUGCUGGGAGGCUCCUUCCUGUGCUGCUCGUGCCCUGCCGAGGAGAGGAGAGGACAGCAGUACUACAGGCAGUCGCAGCCCUCUACAGCUAGGGAACCCAAUGUAAAAAUGUCUUCUUCACCCAUCAGGGGAGAGCAGUGCUUAUAGGCUGUCUUCACCCAUCAGGGGAGAGCAGUGGUGGUUUGUCUGAACCCAGCCUAUUGUGUUCCCUUCAAAUAAAAACCAAAGCAUUUUAAGAGCAGCUCCUCUAGCGAGGAUUUAAAAAGAAACCUGUGAUAAAAAAAAAAAAAAUAACCAGAAAGGUCUUAUUAUAUAGAGCCAAAGCACUGUGUAUACCAAUGUUUUUAUUCUUUUAAUUUAAAAUUGUAUUAACUUUUCUUUGGUACAAAAACAUAGUCAAGGGGAUUUAUGCUAUUUUGAAUAUUCAAACGUGUGUUCCUGAUUAUUUGUACUAAAAAUGACUCGGAGGUUAUUAAAAUAUUUUAGGUCAUUAUCAACUUUCUGACGUCUUGUCCUUUAAAAUCCUCACCCGUUAGACAAAUUCACCACGAGCCAUUGCGUCCGUGCUUGUACAGCCGCACGCUGGU